AUGUUUUGCUUUACCAAAAACAAUAGUGUUUCUUUAUCUUUGAUGUUUUUAAGUGUUUUUAGAAUAAAGGCGUAUAUUAUAGGAUCAUAAAAGUUUAGUAAAUUAACAAAUAUUUAACUAAUUUAGGGUGUGAUUACUCUACUUUAAUCCUAAGGAGAAUUUGAAAUAAGAAGAGAUAUAUAGUUAGCUAAACUUCUGUAUUAAGCUGGUUUUUAGUAAAUAUUAAAAAGUUAAAAUAUCCAACUGUUGCUCUAAAAUGAAAUUAAACUCAUUUCAGGCUAAUAUUCUAGACAUAUCCCAAUACAAGCUAAAACUAUAUCACUUAAGCGACGAAAAUUUGCUUUGUCAAAAUCUGUUUGCAAUAAUUUUUCGCAUAAUUAAUUUAAUUGGGAAAUUCCUCCAUUUUAGCAAAAAAACUCUGCUGCAAAAGGACUUAAUGAAAAAAUAUUGCAGAGAACAUUCACUAUAAGGAUUUUAUAUUCUGUUAAAAUUUCAAUUAUUGAUAGCUAAUUUUAUAGAAGCAGAACAAAUUCAAAGUCUUUUUCAGCAAUGUAAUCAAGAGGUGGCCUCAUCUCACUAUCAAAUUAAUAAAUAAAGCCUUCAAGCAUUUUUAGAUACUAAAAGCUAUCAAGCUAUUUAUUUAAAACUCUAAAAAUAAACUAAUCUAUAUCCUCAGGUUUCAACUAUGGGUAUUCUUACUCUUCCAUUUAACAAUAUUAUAAAGCCUUUCGUAUUUAUUCUCUUAAUCAGUAAUAAAUAUUAAUUUAGUAAAUAAUUAAAUUUGAUUUAAUUAGAGACAGUAUCAAUUAUAUUUUAUAAUUUUUAUAUAAAAUAAUUACAUUUAAUUGA